AUGGGACGAGUGAGGACGAAAACUGUCAAGAAAGCUUCCCGAGUUAUCAUUGAAAAGUACUAUCCAAAACUGACUUUGGAUUUUCAUACGAAUAAGCGUAUGUGCGAAGAAAUUGCCAUCAUACCCAGCAAGAAAUUGCGGAAUCGCAUCGCGGGAUUCGUCACCCACCUUAUGAAGAGAAUUCAACGAGGAGCAGUACGCGGGAUCUCCAUCAAGCUUCAAGAAGAAGAGCGGGAACGCCGAGAUAAUUACGUGCCUGAGGUAUCCUACAUUGAUGCCAUGGAUGUUCUGGAGGUCGACCAGGAGACAAAGGACAUGCUGAAGGACUUGGAUUUCAAUAGAAUGGCUAAAGUGAAAAAACGUGCCUACCGUUCGUCACGAAUCGCUACUAAUACUGUUACGCGCAAACCCGGUCUUGAUGAAAAAUUAACGAAUGUCCUCAGUGAAAUCAAGAAAAAGGUCGAGGGAGAUGUUCCUUUUUUGACCUGUCAAUCAACCUCCUCAGAUUUCAACGAUGUUGCAUCGAACAAGUCAUUUCGGAAGGCACUCGAUGACGAAUUCGACAGUCGCUCUGUCAUAACUUCUAUUUCAAAAUCCGAAAACCGCCUCUUGAAGAAAGUAGAGAAGAAGAAGAUAAAACGACUUCUAUUCAAGAAAAGGAUUGAAGCUAUCACCACUCAGAUGAAGGAAGAAAAGGAUCAGAAGAAGCGUAAACAAAGACCGGUGAUUGGGGACUUGAAUCCGUUGCGUGAUGCUCUGCCAGAAUUGACACCCCUGGAAAUGCUGACGCGUGACUUGGAACAGUCACAAAAGCAUGCAGCUCAGCCAAAAUCCAAACGUGAGCCAUCAUCGAAGCGUGGGACUGCCCGUUUGAAACAUAUAGCGAAACAAAGGUCUGAACAGUUGGCCACCUUCAAGGCCGUGCUGAAAAAUCCUGAAUUUGAGAAGAGUCCUCUGUCUGCAAUAUCCGAAUUUUUAAGAGCUAGGAAUGUUGUUCAAACAUCGUGA